ACUUGGAUCUCCUUUUGUUCCUUCUUCAUCGCAAGAACAGAUCGAUAGAGAGAAUCAGCUCUCGAUCGAUUUCAUUCUCUAUUCAGUAAGAGGAUAUAGAAAGAAGAGUAGCGUCAAUGUCAGUACAGAAACGUCAUUCUUCUUCCUCCGAGGAACUCCAUGACGAGGACUCCUCUCGUCCGCAGCAGAGCAUUCGCGAGAAAUCUCAACGAGACAGAGGAACUGAGGAAAAAGAACUGAAAGAUGAGGUGUCGUCGUCAGAAGGAGAAGAUUCCGACGGUAACCGCUCAUCCGACGACGAUCUAACAAGACUAUCUGAAUGGAUUCCUGCUGACCUUCUUGCACUUCGUAGCUAUGUUCAAUGUCCAAUAUGUCUAGGUAUUAUUAAGAAAACACGAACUGUGAUGGAAUGCCUACACAGAUUUUGCAGGGAGUGCAUCGAUAAGUCAAUGCGUAUGGGUAACAAUGAGUGUCCUGCUUGCCGCACACAUUGUGCAAGUCGACGUUCUUUGAGAGACGAUCCAAGAUUUGAUGCAAUGAUUGCGGUUUUAUAUCAUGAUAUUAAGAAGUAUGAGGAAGAGGAAUUGGCUUUUCAUGAUGAAGAGAAGACUCGCAAUAAACAGAUUCAAGAGUCAAUUGCUCAAACUUUCCAGCGACAAGCAGAAGCACUUGCGGCUAAACGCAACAAACCUGGUAAAGAUGUUACCACAAUCGCUCCAAGGUUGCAACACAAUUAUCGCCAUUCUUACUCGAGAAGAAGACGAAAUAGGCAUGGUACAGAGCACGAAGGAUCUGAUGAAAAUGAGGAAGAAAAUAACCAUGAUGGGAACAAGAACUCAUCAUCAGCUGAUGAGCGGGGAAGAGAAACUAAACGAAGAAGAUGCAAGAGAAGGAUUGGUGCUCAGCCUCUGAAUUCUGAUAGUGGAUGCAUUGACAAUGACAUGGAAGUAGGCAGAGAAAGCAAAGGAGUUUCUUCCCCUCCUUUCCUAAGUAGCGAAAUACUUGGUUGUUGGGGUGCAGCUGGUGCUCGAAGCAGAAGUAUCCGUACUUCCCGCUUAACAAAGCUGAAAGGAUAUCUCGAAAAUUCUAAACAAAAUGGUGAUAAGUUGAAUGUUCAUAUUAUUCUUAUUUCAUUGGACACAAAACAAAUGCCAUGUCUGAAGCAACCAUAUCUGUAUUGUCCACCCAGCUUUUUGGUUGAACACCUUAAUGAUUAUGUUGCACGAGAUACAAAAUUGCAAGCUGAAGAUGUUGAAAUCCUCCUGGUGAAGAAGUCCAUCAGUAAGGAGGAUAGUCUCGAUCUUUCAAUGUCGAUUGAAAACAUUUCUGCAACAUCGGAGUUGCUUGAUUUAUGUGAAGUUGGACUGCAGCCUUUACAAGGAAAAGAAACGAUAGGAGAAUUGAGAAUCAAGACUAGCUCAGAUAUUAUGAGUCAUCUGAAUGAAAACAAAGAUGAAGAGGCUGCAGCAGUUGUUGAUAAGAAUGCUGAGUUGGGAAAGAAAGAAUUGGCCACGAAGAAGAAGAUGAAGGUGGUUUUGGCCAAAAAUAGGUUGCAGCAGUUGGGCAAGAAAAGGAAGAUGAAUGAAGAGACUGACAUGAGAAAGAUGAAUGAUGAAGAGGCUGACAUGGGAAAGAAGAAUGAUGAAGAGGGACAAAGUUUUCGGAGAAAGAAGAGGUCCACACAAUUGGGGAACUAUACAGAUCCUAAUGGAAAAUCCUUUAAACUCAUUGAUCCAGUAACUGUAAAUCCUCUUUUAGAUUAUGAUAGUGAACUGUUUGAUGAUUUGAAACAAUGGCUGAAGCUGGAGGAUGAAGACAAGAUAAUAAUAUAA